AUGGAGAACUUUUACUGCCUUGAUAGCAGCAAUGAUUCACAUUUGCCUCCAGGGUUCAGAUUCCACCCUACUGAUGAAGAACUGAUCACUUACUAUCUUCUGAAGAAGGUUCUUGACUGUACCUUCACUAGUAGAGCCAUUGCUGAAGUUGAUCUUAACAAAUGUGAGCCUUGGCAACUUCCUGGGAAAGCUAAGAUGGGAGAAAAAGAAUGGUACUUUUUCAGCCUCCGGGAUCGGAAAUACCCAACUGGGUUAAGGACUAAUCGCGCAACAGAAGCUGGAUACUGGAAGGCCACUGGAAAAGACAGAGAAAUUUACAGCUCAAAGACUUGCUCACUGGUGGGGAUGAAGAAAACCCUAGUUUUCUACCGUGGAAGAGCUCCAAAGGGUGAAAAGAGCAACUGGGUUAUGCAUGAGUAUCGUCUUGAAGGCAAAUUAGCUUAUCACUACUUGUCUAGAAAUUCCAAGGAUGAGUGGGUGAUUUCUCGAGUGUUUCAGAAGAGUGGCCCGGGUAGCGCCACCGCAGGCGGUGGCAAGAAGCGGCUGACCACCUGCAUAAACCCUUUUUCUGAAGUUAGCUCUUCCUCUUCAGUUUCUCUGCCGCCACCCCUUGAGUCCUCAGCUGCCAUCACCGAACAUGAUAGCUGCUCCUACGACGCCAACCCCACUAAGGCCAAAGAGCACGUGCCCUGUUUCUCCACCGCAGCACCACCCACUUUCAACCACAACUCUCUCUUCGAGCUGCCGCCGGCCACCGCGCAGAAUAUGUUUACCGCCGAUCACUCAUCAGCCGGCUUUCCAAGUAACAACAUUGGUGGAAUCUCGUCUUUUCCCAGUUUGAGGUCUCUCCAAGAAAAUCUUCAGCUACCUUUCUUUUUCUCUACUCUGGCUCCUCCAACGAUGCAAGGCGGCGCCAGUGAUCAGAUUACUGGUUAUUGCCCUGUUAGUGUUAGCCAGUGGCCAACACCGGAGAAUCAGAAAAUGGGUCCCAGUUCCACUGAGUUCGACUGCAUGUGGGGUUACUAA